GCGGGCAACGCCGCGAUCCUGCGCGGCGGCUCGGAGUCCUUCCACUCCUCCGGCGCGAUCCUGGACGCGCUGCACAAGGGGCUGGCGGCCGUCGGGCUGCCCGAGACCUGCCUGCAGCGCCCGCCGGUCACCGACCGCGCCGCGGUCGGCCACCUGCUGCGCAUGCAUGAGCAUCUCGACCUGAUCAUCCCGCGCGGCGGGCGCGGCCUGAUCGAGCGCGUCAUGCAGGAGGCCAGCGUGCCGGUCCUGGCGCACCUGGACGGCAACUGCCACACCUACCUCCAUGCCGCCGCCGAUCCGGAGAUGGCCAAGGCGAUCGCGGUCAACGCCAAGAUGCGGCGCACGGCGAUCUGCGGGGCCACCGAGACCCUGCUGGUCGACCGCAGCGUCGCCGAGACGCUGCUGCCGCCGAUCCUGGAGGACCUGCUGCAGCGCGGCUGCGAGCUGCGCGGCGACGCGGUGGUGCAGCGCCUGACCCGCGCGGUGGCGGCGGCCAGCGAGGCCGAUUGGGACACGGAGUUCCUGGGGCCGGUCCUGGCGAUCAAGACGGUCGCGGGCCUGGAGGAGGCGAUCGACCACAUCGCGCGCCACGGUUCGCACCACACCGACGCCAUCGUCACCGACGACGCGGCGGCGGCCGAGACCUUCCUCAACCGGGUCGACUCCGCCAUCGUCAUGCACAACGCCUCGACCCAGUACGCCGACGGCGGCGAGUUCGGCAUGGGCGCCGAGAUCGGCAUCUCCACCGGGCGGCUGCACGCCCGCGGGCCGGUCGGCGCCAACGAGCUGACGAUCUACAAGUACCGGGUGCGCGGCCAGGGCCAGGUCUGCCUGCAGGCGCUCAAGCGGCUGGGCCUGGACGAGGUCUGGUGGCUGGUCAGCCCGCAGAACCCGCUCAAGCCGGUCGCCGGCAUGGGGCGUCUGGCCGAUCGCCUGGCGCGCGCGCGGGCGGUGGCGGCCCAUCCCCGCCUGCGGGUCACCGCACUGGAGCGGCGGCUGCCCACCGCGCUGACGGCCGAGACGCUGCGCGCGCUGCGGCACUGGUUUGCGGGCGUCCACUUCGUCUGGCUGAUGGGCGCCGACAACCUGGGCCAGAUCCACCGCUGGACGGCCUGGCAAGAAAUUUUUCACACGGUCGGCGUUGCGGUCCUCGACCGCCCCUCCUAUUCUUUCACCCCAGUGGCCGGGAAGGCCGCGCGGCGGUUCGCCCGCGCCCGCAUUCCGGAACGCAAGGCCGGAAGGCUGGCAUCGGCGCCGCCGCCGGCUUGGACUUUCCUGCAUAUUCCCAGGUCUGCGCUCUCGGCCACGGCGUUGAGGGCCCGCGCGCCGUCAGGCCUCCCGGAUGCCGUCGCCGUGAGGGUGGAAGCCAUACUCGACCGCAGCGCGACGCAGAGCGUCACGGACGGGCCAGCCGCCGGCGCGGCGGAAGACAUCGUCGUCAUCGAUCUCGCCGGCAGAUCCUCCAUUGCCGACUACAUGGUGAUCGCCAGCGGCCGCUCGAGCCGCCAGGUGGUCUCCCUGGCCGAAAAGCUGCAGCAGCGGCUGAAGGCGGCCGGCUACGGCCCGGUCGCGAUGGAGGGGCAGCGCAGCGGCGAUUGGGUCGUGGUCGACGCCUUGGACGUGGUCGUGCAUCUCUUCCGGCCCGAGGUCCGCGAAUUCUACAAUCUCGAGAAGAUGUGGAUGACGCCGCCGGCCGGCGAGGAGCGCGGGGCGCGUGCGGUCAACGCGUGA